AUGCCUCGUGGUCACAAAAGUAAGCUCCGUGCCCGUGAGAAACGCUGUCAGGUUCGGGAUGAGCCUGACAGCCUGCAAGGUGCUCAAGCCACUGCAGUAGAGGAGAAGGGGUCGCCCACUCCACCCUCUCCUGUUUCUGGGGGUCCUCCAUCUAGCUCUCCUGCAUUAAGCCCUACCAAGGGCACUACCAAGGAGCUUCAGGAAGAGCAACCCACCACCAGUGCUGCUGCAUGUGCUUCAUGCAAAGAAGAUGAUGAAGGUGCCAAGAGCCAAAAUGAGAGUCAAGCCAGCACAUUCAAGGCUUUGACCACAAAUAUGAAGGAUGAUGCCAAUGUUAUAGUCAGAAGGGCAGGAAUGUUGGUGGAUCUAAUGCUGGACAAGUAUAAAAUGCAGCAACCCAUCACCAAGGCUGAUAUGCUGAAGAUUGUCAGCAAAAGAUUUCGAGACCAGUUCUCAGAGAUCUUCAAGAUGGCCACUGAUCGCCUAGAGCUUACCUUUGGCAUUUUUUUAAAGAAAAUCAAACCCACUGGGCACUCCUAUACCUUUGUCCAUGAUAAAGAUCUCGCCGAUGAUGGGAGUCCACAUGGUGACUCUGGGGGCCCUAAUAAAGGUCUUCUGAUGCCUCUCCUUGGUUUGAUCUACUCAAAUGGCAACCACACUUCUGAGGAAGAGAUCUGGCACUUCCUGAGUAACCUGGGUGUCUAUGAGGGGGAGAAGCACUUCGUCUAUGGAGAUCCCACAGAGAUUAUCAGGCAGUUCAUAGUAGAGAAGUACAUGGAGUAUCGUAAGAUACCCGGUAGUGAUCCUCCCCGCUAUGAGUUCCUGUGGGGCCCUACAGCUCAGUGUGAAACCUUCAAGGCAAAAGUUCUAGAGUUUAUAGAGAAAGUGAAUGCUAUUACCCCAGAUGCCCUCCCUUAUCGACGCGUGAGUGAUUAUUCAGAAAAACCUUGA